AUGGCGUCGAGACUACUAGCACAUUGCGGAUCUGAGAUGAAGCUAAAAUGGCAAAGAACGCAAAAAAUAAUGGCUUUGGUACCACCUGAAAAGGCAGCUUCUUCAGAUAGCAACAGUGCCUCUGAAGAAGAAAUGUUGUUUCAGAAGCCCAAUGAUGAUGAUGAUGAUUUGACGUAUUGUAGUUCUGAACCGAGAUCAUAUCCAUCAUCUUUAGAUUGCAUGCACAUUUUCUCAAGUUCCGAUGAAGACGAAAAUGUUGAGCCUGAAAAUGUAGGACUAGCACGAGAAAACCCAAUUUUAUCCGAUGAAGAUACCGUUCCACUAUCUCCUGUUAUUCAAGAAAUGUUUCCUACUGGUCAACCUCAAUAA